GUGAAAGGAGGGGAAGAGACUCCCAACCACCAUCAAACUUCUGUCCAAGUUUCAGCUCGCGGUUUUUUUUUUCCAAACCUGCGUCUUGUCUUUUUGUUUGUCCUCUUGAUCCGUCAAGCGCGUGCUUCCUUUUUCUUUUAAUCGUGCUUACAUCAGCCUAAAGCACGUCACGGCGAGGCAAGCUGAACCCCUUUUUUUGCUGCUGGAGUAAGAACGGGUGCUAAAUUCACUUUUACGCGCAAACUUGUCUGAACCGUUUGGACUCGAUCAAAGGCUGCGGGGCGAGAGCGCAGAAAUGCCGCGGACUCUUUAACGCAUGUGCUAAAUCUUUAUAGCCCUCUUUUAAUUGAGGCCGUGUGUGCAGGGGGGCUGUUUUUCCUGCCGUCCCACUCAGGGCAGGGAAAGCUGUGGAAAGCAGCUUCUCACAGAGGCUCUGAUGAAGGGGGUGAUGAAUUUCAGAAAGGUGGAUAAACCGUGACCUCCAGUCGGUAAUCAGGCCUAUCAUUUGUUAAAUAACCGCCACUAUAAACAAAUAUAAAUACACUUUUUGAGAAGGUCUGAUAGCCUUUUUCUUAUGUCUGACUCCAAUAAAAACUCUGAAUUUGGUUUGCGCCGUAGCCUAAAGCGCAGUGUCUGGAAUGCGCAGCUUUUUAGCGCACUUAAGCAGAAGUGGAAGGCGGGGAUGCAGAGAUUCGUUGAAUAAUUUUUGUCCUGGAUAGGUGCGUUUUUGGAAGGCCUGGUCCUCCUUCACGCACAGAUCCGGUUCAGUGCAAACACAAAUGAAAGCAAAACAGUGAGAGUAAAUGCUGGCCGGCACUUAUGAGAAAAGGGGUGUGUGCGUGUGUUCCAUGAUGUGUAACCCAUAAGCAUGCUUGAUGUCCCUUUUCCCCCACCCCUGAUGAGAAGCAAGCAGGGGGGGGGGGUGGCAAGGAAGCCUCUACUUUCCAAAAGGAGACUGAGAGGCAAAGAUAAAGAAGGAAAAGGGAGAGUUUCUCUAUCAAAUUUCUGUUUAAUGUCAGCGCUCCAGCUCCACUGUGGGGGAGAGAGGACGCGUCACUCAGAUCCACAUUUGCUGGUAAAGCGGCCUCACGAAGACUCAGCCUGCAGGAGAAGCUUUUAGUCGGGGAAAAUCCCUCGGUGGAUAAAUUCGGCAAGAAGGACAUGACGGGGACUCCGCUCCAACCCCGCAACGCCAAAACUCCGCAAGAAGAGGAGGAGAAAGUUAAUAAAUAAAAAGGAUUAUUUGAGUUUUGGGUGCCUGAGACCUUCAUUGCCUCUGGAUUUUACUCUGGAUCUGGGAUUUAUCGCUUUUCAUCGCCAUGGAAAGCCGCGAAUUCGCCCCGCCGCACCACCUCCUGACGGAGCGGAGCGCUUUGGUUCACAGCGCCGCGUCUCGGAUGGCGCCAGGCGGCCACGGCUCCGUGCAGCACCCCGCUCACUUUCAGCCUGGGAAAUAUUACUCAUCUCACCUCUCCAUGGGUCCGCACUCAGGUGCUUCCUUCAUGGGCUCAUUCCUGGCCCGGAGUCUGGGACCCCCGCCUUCCCACCCUGCUCACCCUUCUGGACCUGCUGCCUCCCCUUCCUCCCCUUCCUACAGGGCUGGACCCCAUUCAAGCGCUUCCCCUAUCUGGUUCCCCCAUUCACACGAAGGGUACCCCAGCUAUUCAGGAAGUCUUGCUUCUCCUUUUCUCCCUAUAAGUCCCCUGGAUCACCAUAGCAACAGUCUCUAUGGACAGCACCGCUUCUACGAAACUCAAAAAGAUCACUUCUAUCUGAGAGGCCUUCCCCCCCAGCCCCCUCUGCUCUCCGCCAAUCACAGCCUUCCUCCUCUGUCCAGGACGGCACCAAGCCACCCGCUUGGCUCUUGCAGCCGGGAAGCCGACGGUUGUGGGGGAGGAGGAAGGAGCGCCAAGGAUGUCGGUGAUAAAGUGGUUUUGUCAAAAGAAAAGGAGAGAUCGAGCAGCAAGGAGCGUCACCAAGAGAGCAAAGACAAACAGCUUCAUCAUCACCAGAAUAACUCCAGUUCUACUCCGUCUGGGUAUCACCAGCAGGCGUACCCCCACCAUGCUCUCCUUCCGCACCUCGCCCUCCAGGGGCGGGAUGAGGAGCACAGACACUCUCUGGAGCGGCACAAGGAUUACAGGGACUGUGACAUGGGCGGUCAGGGAGUGAAACAUAUGAGUGCCUGCAAACUGUCCAGCAGUUCAGUGACAGAGACAAGCUGUGGAGGGAAGGGGGCAGUACUAAGCAGCUGCGCUGGUGGUGGGGUGGCCAGGCCUCCAUCUGGAGGCAGCAGACGGGGAUCAAAAGAUGGACCCAUUAAUGGCGAAAUGAGGCUCAGUGAAUCUUCAACGUCCUCCUCUGAAUGUAUGAGGCGAGGAGCGGCGGCAACGACGUCGAUUUUGGCCCCACCGACUCCUCACUCGUCUUACUCCAUGCCACCACCCCCUGCGCCUCCUCCUCCUCCUCACGCCAUGCACAUGGGCUCCCCGCUAACUGGAGGUUGGCUCCAUCACGCACACCACCAUCCACAUCCUGAUUUUUACUGCUCUCCAACCCAUCUGACACUUGGCCCCUCUAAAGACCCAUGCAGCAGGGAGGCAAAGGGUGUCGGCCCAACUUAUGUGCCUUCAAUAGGGCCACAGCGGGACGUGGCGGCCCCUGACUGUCGCGGAGCAGAAGGAGUUGGGAGAAAGGCGGACGAUAGGUCAGAGGAGGGGACUUAUGAAAGUUCCUCUCAUCACCACAGCCGCCUUAGCACUUGUCAGAAGAAAGACAAAUCUCAGCACCACCAACAGCAGAUGGGAUACGGCAAAGCAGACAAACCCCCCGACUGGAGCCCCCAGACGAACCCCCCUCACAGGCCCUGCUCUAACCUGAGCUCCCAACCCGAAUUGCGGUCCUGCAGCCUUCAAACAUCUCCGCCCUUCAGGGACGUAGAAGUUGCGGAGGAGAUUGGUCGUCCCUCAGGUCCCGUAGACACAACCCAGGACACACCUCCUGUACCUGAGCAGGAAACAUCCAGGAACGGCUUGGAGGCAGAGACCCCGCCCCUCAGGGAUUGCUCUCUGUCGGGUCACGACGGGCAGGUAGGGCACAGGUCGGCACCUCAAAGGGAAGGACAAAAAGUUGCAAGAAUAAAGCACCAGCAGCACAGCAGCCAAGCAGUAAGUGUGGAGGAGAGGAGCAGAGAGGGGAGUCACACAGCACCUCCAUGGGGAGCUCGGGGGAGCCACCAGGAGGACCAGAGAAAAGGCAGUCACAAUGCAUCACUUAGUAAAGGAGCUCAAUCGCAAGUGCCUCCACUGCUGUCCUGUUCCUCAUCACACAACACUGAUGGUGAGGGAAGUGCCAUGAAGAACCUCAUGAACUACAGUUCCCAGCAGCCACAGCUUCUACCACAGAGGAGCCCCUUCGGAGGUUUGGGCUACCUCAGCAAAGGAGGAGAUAGAUCAGAGAAAGGCGAGAAAGGAGCCAAAAGUAACACUUUCCUGCAAGACCCUCCCAAACAGCCUCUCCCUCCCCGCCGAGGCUCCGUAAAUGAAGGAGAGAAAGGCGACAGGAGUGCAAAGGAGACGGGGGAUGCAGGUGAAGGAGAGGUUCGGCAGCCACCCGUGGGCAUCGCGGUUGCAGUGGCCAGGCCUCCCCAUCGGUCUCCAGACAGCACGUUGGGACACAGCAGGCAGGGCAGGGUCCUGCCGAGCGUGAAAGGCGUGUCGCGGCCGGUCUAUCCUCUGGGUCGGGAGGCGGAGGAGAGGAAAAGAAUGACGGAGGACCAGAUCGGUCUGCACCAUCUGGACAGAGAAAGAGACGUGAUCAUCAGGGACAACAAGGACUGCAUGGAGUUUUCCAGGAUUCACCCUUCCAGCAGCUGCCAUGGUGACCUGACCUCUCACCUGCUGGUCCCCGGAGGGGCGAGCCAGUUAGGGGCAGACCCAAGUGCACACGCUCACCCAGCUCACCACUGGAUGCAGAGGACAGGAAGUCCGUCGCUUUGGAUGGGGCAUUCAUACGGUCUGAGUCAUGUGGGAAUGAGCCCAGGCUUUCCGCCAGGUCUCCCCAGCUCCCUGCAGCCUGUUUUGGGGUCACUUACGCAAGAUCCUAAUUCCCCCCUCGUCGUCCUCCCCGCAGAACCCGGAAACCAUCAUCCCCUUGACGUUUUGGAGCAGUCUGGACUUUGGGCGCCUGUCUACAGGGCUAGAGGUCCUCCCUCUCACCUGCAACACCACCCAGUCUACUCCAGCUCCUCGUUCUUACGGCAGCAGGAGCUGUACACCCUGCAGCAACAGCGAGCCAUGGAGCACAUGCAACGCCUACCUUUUGCACAUAGAAAACAGGAGGAGAACACUGUCGCUCUAGAGGGCUCCCAGAAUAAAUCCUCUGCUUCCAGAACGCCGUCAUCCUGUGCAUCCAUGGCCUCAUCGCAUCCAACAAAACCCUUUUCCCACACCCCUCCUCCGCUCAAGACCUCCACGCCAUCUCCUGGACUGUGUCCCAGCAGCCGACAGUCCCCCUGCUACCACUCCCCUUCCACACGCCCCCACCCACCAAAUCCUCUGACCCCGACGCCAAGCCCCGCCGCGGCUGCUCCGUGCUCGCCAGCUCUCAGCCCCGCUCCGUCUCACCUGUCUAAAAGGCUGGAAGGGGGCAACGACAGAGGAGAAGGGCAGCCCCCUAAGGAUUACCCACAAUCCUUGGAGCCAGAUCUGCCACCUGUUUAUCCCUACUCUUUGGUCGCCAUGGGUUACAAGGCUGGGCCCUUACCUCCUGAAGCAUUGCUAGCUGAACAGUCUUCAGCGGUGGCAGAGCCAGCAGAGGCCGAGUCCAAGUCCAAGUCCAUCCCACGCCCGCGUCACAUCCAGCCUCUCACUGUGGAAGAAGAGCUGAGGAAAGAAGAAGAAGACAGUCGUGAAUGCGAUGUGGCGGAAACCCAGAUUGGAGUUACAGACGAGGAGAGGAAGGAGACAAAAGGAUGCUUCAUCUCUGAGCCUCAGAACAAGAUUUCUGGAUUGCCGCCAUGCACUUUUCCAUCCCCAGUGUCAGAUCCAGCCUGCCCAGCAGGCGAAACCCUAAAAGUAGAUCUCUCUACGGGUUGCUCAGGCCAGAAGGCGAGCCUGGAGGAGCCCCAACCAUCCAAAGAGCAGGAGAAUGAUGGGGAGCAUGAAAAAGAGGACAUAAAGGAGGACGAGAAAGAGGAGACUGACCCAACUGAGUGUUUUGUUUCUGUGCCUGUAGAGUCUGGAGAGGAGGAGAAUGGAUGCAAAGCUGAAGAGAAUGUAGAGGUAGUUGAGGAUGAGGAGGAGAAUGGAAAAAUUCCAGAGGAAGAGUUGGUAGAACUAAUAUGCAGUUCCCCCGCUCCUCCUCAGUCUCCUGAACCAGUCUCCUCUCCUGUGGCAAAUACAGCUGCCCAGCUUGAGGGAGCUUACAUUCGCAGCUUGGAGCUCCUAAUUGCUGCAGCUUUAUGUGCCACCAGAGAUGCAAUGCACCCACCAGCUCCCGCUGGUCAGAACCCAUGCCCUUCAUCUCACCAUGGAAUGGAAAUACUUGGGGAGCUAGCUGAGCUGGAGAUCCAGCAGAGGAGGAGGGAGAAUGAAGGAAAAGGCCCCGAAGGUGAGGAAACGCUCACCCUUGACCUCCACAGUUUGGCAACACUGGCAGCCGCCCGGGCCUUGGAGAUCGAGGGAGGGGCUGUGGAUGUGGGGGGCGAGCAGCAGUGUCCAAUCAGGAAGAGGCUCAACCUGCGCAGGAAGUGCAGCUGGACCCCUCGGCACGAGCCGGUGUGCCCCGUAAAGGGCUCCAUGGAGACGAUGGGGGGGGAGGAGCUGGCCAUGCGUGUCCAGCUGGCUGAGCUUCAGCGCCGCUACAAAGAAAAACAGAGAGAGCUGGCCAAACUACAGAGGAAACACGACCACCAGAAAGACGAGACGUCUCGUAGCCCCGCUCGCCGGGGGCCCGGCCGCCCCCGCAAGCGCAAGUCCGCCCCCGGCCCAGCUGCCACCGAGAGCUCCAAAAGGCUCAGGGCUGGAAUAAAUCUACUGGAGGGGAAAGCCAGGAACUCGGUGUUCAAUCAUGCUUUCAACAGCCUCGGCGCUGCACAGAUGAAAGCGCGCUGUAAGCACAGAGGUCGACCCAGCACCCUAAGCUCCAGGCUGGCCAGGCGGGUGACCCAGCUGAAGCAGAAGGCCGCAGCUCAGCAUGGCGCAUCGGCGGGUGGGCUGCACAACAAGAACAAGCCCUCCAAGAGUCACUGCCGACAAGACGGGAAAGGCCUGCAGGACAGCACGGCUGCUCAAACGGCGAAGAGGAAGAGGGGUCGAAAACCCAAAGGGCUGCUGGGCGUGGGCCCUAACGGAGCGCAUCACAAGGCCGCUGAGAAACAAGAACCAAAGGAUGAGAAGAGUGAGAGUGAAGGGUCAGAGCACGAGGAGGAGGAGGAGGAGGACGGCAGUUGUGACAGCGAAGAUGGAGCAGGCGACAUCAAGAUAAGCUCUAAAGAAGUUCCUACAAACCCAGCUGGACCUUUUUUCGCACAGACUUCCAAACUCCAAGCAAACCAGAGACCCAUGAGUAAAAGAGCGAGACCUCCUGGGUUGGGGAGCUCCUCUUGCACAGAUCAGAGGAAAACAUCCAGAAGGCCAAACGUUCACAUGAUGGGGAGAGAAUAUCCAGAGCUAGCAGGCAUCAGCAGAUCCACCAUGCCCUGCUGGGGUCUGUCACCGCUGGCCUGCAGCUUUGGGGACAACAGUGAAAACUACCGAGCUCUCGCAGAGGCAAGGAGAACGGGUAAAGAUGACGCAAAGAGGACGUCUACAUCGCAGGGAUUACAAGGAAAGGACAAGAGUCACGGCGUGAGCCGGCUCCUGCAAAGCUUCACAGCCGAUGACGGCUUUCACUUGGAUGAAGAGAGCAGCUUUUCUGAAGGAGAGAAGGAGGAGGAGGACGAGGAGAGACUGAAGGAGGGUUCACUCAUUCACCUUCCUCCCAACAUGCCUUGCAGAAUACCUGCUCUUCCAAACUGUGUGCUGAGCAAAGAAAUGCUAGUAGAUGGACUGAAGAUCCUGAUCUCCAAGGAGGACGAGCUCCUGUACGCCGCCUGUGUUCAGACUCUGGACCUGCCCGACAUAUUUAGAGUAGUCAUCGAUGGGGAGCGCUGCAAUCGACCCAGGAUUUACUCCCUGGAGCAGCUCCUACAGGAAGCUGUGUUGGAUGUGCGACCACAAACAGAGGCCAUCCUCACCUCUGGAACGCGGGUUUGUGCCUACUGGAGUGAGCGCUCUCGCUGUCUCUACCCUGGUUACGUCCAACAAGGAGGUCCUGGUGAGGAGGAGAAAGAGGGCAGUGUGAUGGUGGAGUUUGAUGAUGGAGACAGAGGAAGAAUCUCCCUUGUGAACAUCAGACUUUUACCUCCAGGAUACCAAAUUCGCUGUGCAGAACCAUCUCCUGCUCUCCUGGUGUCUCUUGGCCGUCGAGGUCGGCGAAGUUCCACCCUGGAUAAGAAGGAGGCUUCCUCUGAGAAACUGACCAAUGAGGAGGGAGGAGUGAAGCCUCAGGAAAGAAGACGAGUCGGCAGGCCGAAGAGAAUCAGCUCAGUGCAGAAGAUGGCCAACAUUCCUGCUUCAGGAGCAAGCAUUGUGCCCAAAGGCAGCAGCUCCUCGUUGAGCUGGUCCGAGCAAAGGAAGAGACCACCCGUUGAUUUCUUCCUCUUCAAUGGGACCUCUCGUAAGACCCAGAAGAAGAUCCGAGAGCGAGACCUGGGGCUCUUUCAUCGACCUAGCUUGCACUCUCUAGCACCACCGCCGACCCAAAUCAAAAGCAUUUUUGGCUCACCCUUUAAGGUUGACUCAUUCAGUAGCAUUGCUAAUGGUUACUCCACCUUUGGAAAUGGUGGUUCAUCAGGAGCUGGGAGGCCAGUGACCUCCAUGGCUUCCAUGGGCCUCAGAGACUCCUCUUCAUCUGCCCCCUUGCCUCUGGCCGGCUGCAAGGCCGUGAAUGAUCGUGACAGGAAGCACUUUUUGGUUAAGCUCGACCACGAGGGAGUCACCUCUCCUAAAACAAAGAACGGCAAAGCUUUGCUUCGGCUUGGAGGGGCUGGAAGUAGAGGACAUAAAAACCAUGUCUCUGUAGGAGCGCCUCUGCGAUACAUUCAGCCCUCGCUGUUGGUGAAGGACAGCAAGAGCUCCACUGGACAAAGAGACAUUGGGGCUCGGUCGGAGGCUCUUGUUAAGGGAGUUCCACCUCUAAGGAAGGAUCUUCUUCCUAAAACUAUUGGAGUACAAGGAGGGGAUUAUGAGUUGGACUAUCCCAGUGACUGUCCUAGUUCCUACUCUGAACUGGAUGAGGACGAUGAGGACGAUGGUGAAGAAGCUGAAGCUCGAAGAAGAAGAGCAUCGGUCACACCCCAUCGCGGCGGCCGUUUUCUUUCACAGCCAUCCAUCUGCUUCUCUUCAUCUUCCUCCUCCUCUUCAUCCUCCGGGUCAAUUUCCUCAUCGUCUCUGUGUUCCUCAGACAACGACUCGUCUUACUCCUCAGACGAAGAAUCCUCCUCGGUGCUGUUGCGUCGCGCACUUCUCCAGCAAGACAAACACAAAAAUAGACACAGCGUAAACUCUAACCCGCAAGGCCCCGACCCUUCCACCUCAUCUCCCUCCUCUUCAGCUCACGGCUACGUUGUGAAAAGCAGCCUAACCGUUGGUGGGUUAAAAGCGAGAGCAGAAGACAGGAAGGAGUACCUGUCCAAAGGAGGAAUGAUGACGAACAGCAACACACCGAAGGUGCAGCUGAAGAGGAAAGAAAGUGCUCCCAACAACCACCACCAAAGACCAAGUAGCCCUGCGACCCACCAGUUGAAGUCUGCCUCCAAGGAUCAAACGGCCAAGAAGCAGAGGAUGUCUUCACCUGAGACCUUUCCCAACACGCCCCCUCUGUUGCCUGGACGCCACCUCUGGAAGUGGUCUGGCAACCCCACUCAGAGGAGAGGUCUGAAGGGGAAAGCCCGUAAGCUUUUCUACAAGGCCAUCGUGCGGGGCAAAGAGAUGGUGCGUGUCGGAGACUGCGCCGUCUUUUUAUCACCCGGCCGGCCGCAGCUGCCCUAUGUGGGCAGAGUGGAGAGCCUCUGGGAGUCCUGGAGCUCCACCAUGGUGGUCCGGGUCAAGUGGUUCUACCAUCCGGAGGAGACUCGCUUGGGGAAGCGACACCGCGACGGCAAGAAUGCCUUGUAUCAGUCAAGUCACGAGGACGAGAACGACGUGCAGACCAUCUCCCAUCGCUGCCAGGUGGUCAGCAAGUCUGAGUAUGACCUCCUGAUGCGUGAACGUAAGGCGAGCAGCGCAGUCAACGACCUCUUCUAUCUUGCUGGAACCUACGAACCGACCACAGGCCAGCUGAUCAGCGCAGACGGCAUGGUCAUCGUGUCCUAGCAGGUCCAGAGACUGGAGAAUCGGGGUGGCUCCCUCAGCAGGGAACAGGAGGCGCAGCCAAAAUCAAGAACUCUAGCUGAUCUUUUUCCUGUCAGCAGAAGGAGGUCGCCCACUGGAAAAGGCCUCACAAUACUGGCACUUAAAGAAGCCAUGGGAGUUUUAAGGAAAAGUCCAGAUUUAAGCUCCUCAGCGGGCUCCUAUUUGCAACGAGAGCUUUCAGCCUUUCUGCGGCUGUCUCAAAACGGAUACAGUCUCUGCAACGAAAAUACAGAAACCAAGGACUUGAGCACUUUGGAGUAAAGUAGCUUUUUUGAGUUUUUUAAUAGCAAGAAAGCAGCAUGCUUGGCUUUCUGAAACAAGGAGAGACUUGUAGUAAACCACACUGGUUUGGCUCGUAUUAAUGCUCUUAUUUAACGGUCUUAUACUGGUAGUCUGACUACGACAACGGGGAGAUCCCCAACAGGACCAAUAAACACUGUAGUUUGUGUUAAAAGUGUGUGUUUGCAGAGCGGCUGCGAUGUUCCAGUUUGGCUUUUAAUGAACUCUUAGGUAAACAGUGCUGUAAAUGUGUGUGCGCGUGUGUUUGUACAGGAUGUGUGUGGUCAUGCACGACGGUGUCAUGGUGCAGCAUGAGUAUGUCUCUUUUUUUAUUAACCGAUCCAGUACCUAACGUGUAAUUUUUAGUCGUUGCGACUCAAACGCAGAACAACUUUUAUUUUUAUUUUUUCUUCCUCCUUUCAAGCCAUACACGUCAAUACCUCUCUGGUGUCCUCCUGUGCAGGAGCGAAGACACAUGUAGGAUUGUUUAUUUGAGCGGUGCGUGCGUCUGUGUGCGUGAGCUUUGUACAGCCUUCUGUGUAAAAUAACAGUGUAAAUAAUAUACAGUAUAAUUGUUAUUUUUGUUUUUUAUUUUAAAAAGAAGAUUAUUUUAUGUUGGUUUUCAGGGCCGGUGGGUGACUUCCUCCAGCAGAGGUCAGAGGAGGGAUUCUGUUUCCUUUUCUCUUAAUGCACUGAACAGGACUGGAGAUUUGAUUCUGGGUCAAAUUGCGACCUUUUGUGACAACUUUGUUGCCACAACUGUGGUUUCAGGCAGAAGGUGAAUACGAAAAAUGUAUUUGGGACAUGUUUUUUUUUAUAAGAAAAUCUGGAAAAGUCAAUUUUUUUUGUAUUUAAUUUCAUUGUUUAUUAUAUUUUUUAUUAACCAAGACUGGAAAAAUAAAUGGAGUUUCUGCUGUUCUUUAAUCCAAAAAUAAUCUAGUGCAUAAAUCUAACCUAGCCUGUACUUCUGUAGAAAAUGUAGAUACAUAUCUGGCAGCAAAAAGAGACAUACCAAAGCGCCGGUUCGUUUACGCUUCACCACGUUAGAUGGAAACGAUUUUAGAAAAAUGUUCAAUCAAAUUUGAAUCCGGGACCCCCUGCAAUGACAGCGUUUCUCCUGUCCGUUCAUCCGGCGUUGCUAUGACGGCCUCUGAGAAACAUGGCAGCGACGUUGUGUAGGGGCUGCCCAGCUGAUGCACUUGAGGUCUCCAUGGCAACCAUAAUGGCAUCACGUGACUGUGAAGGACAAUCAGAGCCAAUCAAUGGGACAAUGCUGAGAGACAGGAAGAAAAAUAACCGAUCAAAUCAUCAAUAAUGGUUCUUGUCACUUUUAUUCCUGCUUUGCCAAAAAAAACAACAAAAAAAACAAAACAAAAACGGAUGUAUAUUAUGUUUGUACAUUUUUUUUCCCUUAUCAUGUUUAUGCAAGCCUGAGAGGACUGAUGGUAUGUACCGGUUAGAGGUACAGGGGAAGAACAUAAAUGCCUUUUUUCUUUGUAAGGACUGACGUUUAACAACACUUUUUGCUGUUACACUGCAAAGCAAAAGCUUUAAAUGAGAUCUAAUGUGAAACUCGGUUAUAAAAUAUAACUUUAAUGGGUCUUUAAUUUGUUUAAAAGCUGUAUUUUGUUGAACAGACACUGGAUUCAGUUCUGAACAUCACAUUUUUGCAGAGAUAACAUCUGUGUGUGUUUUUGAUCCUUAUUUAGACCCACUGGAACCUGCUUUGUACGGUUGAGAUGGCCUAGUAAGAUAUAUUAUGUAAUUUCAGUCAUUCUUUGGAAAUAUAACUUAAAUAUUUCCUCAUGUACAAAAA